AGAGACGGGUGCGCCGUCCGCCUGUCAGCUCGGCCCGGGCCGGCUGCGGUGCAGACCAAGUCGCCCCUGCCUGGAACCGGGAACGGUUAGCAGGCAGCGUCACCCCGCUGCGCCGGUAGGAAGGAAGGGGCGGCGCCGGACGCGGCAGUGAAUAGUACGCCCGACGCCGGUCCACGUGGUGUGUGCAGUGUGCAGUGGGUAGUAGUCAGUGUGUAGUGGUCAGUCGUCAGUGGUCAGUGCAGCGUCUCCUGGGACAGACUGCUGAGGUGUUGGGACUCUUACUAGCGAAGGCGGCUUGAGUCUGUUUGUUUCUUUUCAGGCGCGGCCUCUGGCUAAUCUCAACGUUAAUCGCCGCCCCAGUCGUCUACGAAUCUCAAGAAGCACCGACGCCAGUCAUCAGUGUAUUAAUCGGCUAGUCGGACCAUUAGUCGCCUACCUCAACUGCCGGGAUCAUCGUUCUCACUCUUGGGGCCACCAGCGAACCUUGAUGGCCUCUCAGGCCUUUUGGAGUCACCAGCCAAACCGCAGUGUGUGUUGUGUCAGCGUCACAGACUGGUGAGGGUGGUCCAGCUGAUCUGAGUGAUCAUAGUGAUCUGUUUUACUGAUCUUUGAACCUUGUGAGCAACUUUACGAGCCUCUGGUGUGUGUCUGCUCCGUCUAGCUCGAGUCAAGUCACCCGUCCCGUCUCAGUCGGGCCAGAUCACCUAUACCUGUCUCGGUCCGGUCAGGUCACCUGCCCCGUCUCGGUCAGACUAAGUCACCCGCCUUUCUCGGUCAGGCCAGGUAUCUGCUCGUCUCGCUCAGGUCAGGGCACCUGUCCGUGUAGCCCAGGUCAGGUCACCUGCCCGUCUCUGUGUCAGGUCAUGUCAGCGGUGACAGAGCAGCCGGAGUCGGCAGCCGGCGGUGGCUCGAACGUUCCUCCCGGCCUCGAGUACCUCGUCUGUACCGACACGCUGAUCGUAUCGCAGAAGGUGGAGCUUGCAGAGGCCAUAGUCGGCGUCGAAACAGCCAACAAGUACACAGUGAAAAACGGUGCCGGUCAGCACGUCUACUUUGCUGUGGAAGACAGUUCCGGCGCUCUGCCAACAUGCUGUAGCUACCUCCGCGCCUUCAACAUACGGGUCAUGGACAGCAGCAACCGGCACGAGGUGCUGCACCUGCGGCGGCCGCUGCGCUGCCAGAACUGCUGCUACCCGUGUUGGCAGCAGGAGCUGGAGGUGAGCGCCCAGGGCCGGCUGCUGGGCACCGUGCGCCAGCGCUGGUCCCUGCUGCGGCCGCUGCUGGUCGUCUGCCGGCCGGACGGCUCCGAGGCGCUGCACGUGCGCGGCCCGGCGCUCCGCUGGGCCGCCUGCUGCGGCUCCGACUUCAGCGUGCUCUCGGCCGACGACGGCGAGGAGCUCGGCUUCAUCACCAAGACGUGGUCGGGCCUGGCGCGCGAGCUGUUCACCGACUCGGACCGCUACGGUAUCGUUUUCCCGGAGGACCUGGAGGUGGACGUGAAGGCCACGCUGCUCGGCGCCGCCUUCCUCAUCGACUUCAUGUUCUUCGAGUCGAGUCUCUGUAUCGGUGACUGCGGCUGCUGCAUGGUCUGCUGAGACCGUGUGUGCCUGGGGUGCCGUGUGCGAUAUAUGCGACGAAUUCGUUGUUCCAUGUGCCUUAUUUUGUGUACUUACUCAGAUAACACUGCCGCGAUUUUCUUUAGCUUUGAUGCUGCUUUAGAAGAUGAAUAUGUCGAAUGUCGAUGUUCCAAGAACUGUCAUGCAUAGUGCUGAGUGUUCUUUCAGUGGUUUAGAGCAUACUUGAUAAGUAUAGUCUGUCCCAAGGCAUUUGACAAACAUGAUAAAUUUGAUAAAACUACAUAUGUGUGCAUCGACUCGACAAACACACAGUUUUCAACAAAAAAAAAGAACUUCAUUGAAACCGAAAGUCGAUCUCAUUAAUGAUAAUUCUAUGCGUGGUAAAGGUCGAAUGCUACUGUCAUGAGUUCCGGUACCUCUGCCAAGCGUUAGUGCUUGAAAUUUAAGUUGAUGCAACAUACAAAAUGAUACCUAUCUAUAGAAAAGCAAAAGCAUAAAACAGUACUGCAUUUUUCGAUUUCGCGAGAAAAAAAAACGUUGGUGAGGGAAGUUAAACCCGGCGGCGAUAAAGAAGGCAGCGAAGUUCGUAGGUACGGAAUGACCGAUAGGCGGUUGAGUACAAUGUAGUUACGUAUAUGCAUUAGUGUAUGCUUAUAAUGCUUCGUAGCUCCUGUUUGUGAAAAAAUGUACUCGCAUUGUAUUAUGCGAUCGUUGAUCGAUGUAAUAAAGCUUUGCUUCUUGA